CUCCCUUUGCCUUCGUUUUCCUCACAUUACUUGCUUAUAUAUUCACUUCUAAAAUUUAAACAUAAAUAAUACAUAACAAUCAAUAUUCAUGAAAUCUCUGCUACCAUCUGCCACCAUCUCCUCCUUUUCUCCUCCUUCUCUAUCUCUCUUAAAUCAUUAUUCUAUCAAACCCCAUCUUAAAACCAAUCUCAAUUUCAACCCAAAAAAUCUCACCCUUCAAACUCAUUCAACUGCUUCCCAACCUCCUCUUUUUUACUUCAACCUCUAUCUUCAGCUUUAUGUAAACGCAGGCUCCAUGCAACAAGCAAGGAAUCUAUUCGAUCAAAUGCCUCACUCUCAGAGAACUAUCAUUUCUUGGACAAUCCUCAUGUCCGGGUACACGAAACAUGGCCCCGUCUAUGAAACACUCUUGAUGUUUAUUUUUAUGUUGAGUCACGGGUCGGUGUGGCCUGAUGCUUUUGUUUACUCUAUUGUAUUGCGCGCGUGUUCUCGAGUUAAGGACUUGAGUUUUGGGUGUGGAGUUCAUGGACUUGUUUUAAAAAGAGGGGGUGUGGUUGAUGGGUUUGUGUAUAAUGCGUUGGUGAAUAUGUAUGCGAGUUGUGGGCGUCUUGAUGAUGCUAUUGCUGUUUUUCAAGGACUUGAGAAGCCUGAUUUGGUUGCUUGGAGUUCCAUGUUAAGUGGGUAUGUGAAGAACGGGCUUGAAGAAGAGGGCUUGAGGAUUUUUCUUGAGAUGAUUUGUUGUGGUGUUGAGUUGGAUAGUUUUGUUUUCUCAAUGGUGAUCAAAGGGUGUGCCAAUUUGGAGGAGUUGGAGUUUGGUAAGCAGAUUCAUUGCUGUAUGAUUAAGAUGGGUUUUGGGACCUACUUGUUUUUAGAGAACAGUCUAAUGGAUUUUUAUGCAAGAUGUGGUGAUUCAAAGGGGAUGAGACGGGUUUUUGAUGGAAUGUUUGAGGGAAAUUUGGUUUCUUGGAACACAUUAAUUAUGGGUUAUGUUCAUAACUCGCUUUACCUUGAAGGUCUUAAGGUUUUCAGAAUUUUAAUGGAGGAAGUUUCUGAAUGUGAUGACUUCACUAUAACUAGUAGCCUUAAGGCAAUCACUAGUGUAGACAAAUUGGAUCUUGGCAGAGAGGUUCACGGGCAUAUAAUAAGAGUUGGUUUAGAAUCUAAUCAAUAUGUGUUUGGUUCUCUUUUAGAUAUGUAUAUUGAGUGUGUUAACCAUGAGAUCUUGAAUCCACGAGCAGACCUUCCUAUGAGGUUAUAUAACUAUUUUAAUGGAGAGAAAUUUAAUGGACAUUUUAUCGCAAGCAUGCUAAAAUGGUGCUCUUUACUGUCCAAUCUUGAAACAGGGAAAAUGUUCCAUUCCUUGAUUAUAAAACUCGAUCUGAAUUCUGAUCCAUACGUUAUAAGCUCUCUAAUUGAUAUGUAUUUCAAGUGUGGUAUUUCGGAAGCUGCUCUAAGGGUUUUUAUGAGAGUAAAAGACCCAGGGACAGCUACAUGGUCAGCUCUCAUUUCCGGGUUUUGUCUGAAUGAGUGGUAUGCUGAGGCCCUGGAACUUUUCCAAAAAAUGCAGUUUGACUAUAUUGAAGCUAAUGAAUUUACUUUCACUUCUGUUCUUCUAGCUUGUCUAGUUUUGCAGGAUCUUAGAAAGGGAAGAGAAUUACACUGCAAGAUACUGAGAGCUGGUUAUGGAUCAAAUGUUUCUGUCGUCAACAUGCUCAUGCAUCUUUAUUCAGAACUAUGGCAUUAUAAACAAGCUCUUAAGCUCUGUUCCCUGAUUUCGGGUGUUGACAUCUCGUGGAAUUUACUUCUUAAAGCCUGCAUAAAGGCCAAGGACAAUGAAAUGGUUCAUCAAAUUCUAAGAAGGAUUCAAAUGUGUUAUGGGUUUGUUGAUCCAUACUCUGCUUGUUACAUUCUAAACUCUUGUGCAAAUCCAGUGCUUCUGAAUGUGGGGAGACAAGCACAAGCCUACAUGACCAAGAGGGGUGUCAUCUCACACCCUACAACCCGCAAUUGUUUAAUUAACAUGUAUUCAGGAUGUGGUAUAAUUGACGAUGCAGAUUUGGCAUUCAAAUCCAUGCCUGAGAAAAACCCUCUCUCGUACAGAUCUAUCAUCUCUGCUAGAGUGAGUCAUGGUCAGCCAUCAGAAGCUCUGUAUUUGUUUAAAGAUAUGCAACGAAAGAAUAAUUCCAUGGACCCAAGCACAUUUAAGUCAGCCUUGAAGGCAUAUGCCCAAAUGGGAAUGGUAGAUGAAGCAUAUCGUUUGUUCACAUUAAUGGAGGAGGUUUAUGUAAUUGAACCAUCACAAGAGCAUUAUUCCUGCAUGGUUGAGGCUUUUAGUCGAGCUGGAAUGUUUGAAGAAGUGCAGAAUUUUAUCAAUGGGAUCAUCCCAGUCAAAUUAGGUGCCUUGAUUUGGAGAACUCUUCUUUGGUCCUGCCGUGUACAUGGUAAUAUGAAAGUGGCAAAAUAUGCUUUAGAGAAACUGGUAGAAUUAGAUCCAAGUGACUGCUCAACACAGAUACUUCUUAAACAGGUUUUCUUGAUGCUAGGUAAGUGGGAUGAUGCAUCUAAAAUGAAGGUUGAAAACAGAACCAUGAGAACAAAUUCUAGUUGGAUAGAAAUAAGGAAUAAAAUCUAUGAAUUUGUGUCAGACCAGAAACCAAGUAAGGAGGUUUCUGAUAAAUUAGCAGAAAUAGAAGAGAAGAUGAAGGAAUCUGGAUAUGUAGUGAAUAGGAUACAGCUAAUGCCCACGAUAGAGGAGGAAGAAUAUGAUGGUGGAGGUCUUCAUCACAGUGAGAUGAAGGCAGUGGCUUUGGGGCUUAUUACAUUACCCCAUGGAUUGCCUAUAAGGGUAAUGAAGAGUGUUAGGAUGUGUGGACAUUGCCACUAUGCUUGCAAGUUAAUCUCAACUUUCAUUGACAGAGAAAUAGUUGUCAAGGAUCCCAGCAAUUUUCACCACUUCAUAGGUGGCAAUUGCAGCUGCAGAGAUAUUUGGUAGCUUAUUACAACUGUAUAUUUGUAGCCCUUUUUUGUGCAAAUACCA